AUGGUAUUCAACAAGAACAGAAAUACGCUGGUAAUUGUUACCGGUGUUAUAAGCUUGAUAGGGUUGAUUCUACUCAUAGUUGGAAUCGUCCUCAUUGCGAAAGCUAAGGAAAAAUCUAGCGAAGACUGCAAUGCCGGUGUCUCUGGUGCAAGCGGCGGGGAAGACGCAAAUCGUUGUAGUUAUUCCGAGGAGGCCAAGAGAGCAGGUGUCGACAAAUUCCUCCAGAAAGUUCAAGAUACUUACUAUGAUCUUCAUCCUCAAGAUUUAAUUUUCAAACCUGGGGGCGUUAAGAAUGAAGAGUUUAUGACGAAGUUUAAACCGUACAAUCCAGAACCCAAAAACUUGAAGAAAAUCACCGACAAAGCCCGACAACUUCUAAAUGAACUGGAUGAUUUAGGUGUCAAUACGCUUCGCUUGAAACCGCGUGAGAAAAAAGCUGUGGCACAACUCAAGCACUACCUUCAAAACAACUUCGGAAAGCCCUACGACUCAGAUUAUUAUGCCGGAGAUUUUCUUAUGGGACCAAAUUUGUUCUGCUGGCAAGAGAUAUGCAGCGUCGGCUCCUCGGACAUUAGAUAUGGCCUGGGAAAUUUCCACCCCAAGAAUCUAGACGAUGUGCGAUUGUUUCUCAGUAAAAUGGAGUUGGUGGCAGCGACUUUUUCGACAUACGUCAACAACUUGCGGUUGGGGAUCAAAGCUGGUAUGGUUCGCUCAGUUGAAGAAUGUAAAGCCGGAAUAGACGCAUUCAAACGAAAUUAUUUGCAGGUAUCGCUUCAAGGAGAGCAAGGUAUGUGAAAUGAAUUUACAAAGUGGGAGGGGGCAUUAACUGACAUUUUCGGGCAGGCCCCGCCUCGCAGAUUUUUAAGGUUCAAAAUUCUAUCUCGUUUAUAGCCGUCAUUUGGUAAACUGUUUCAGGUCAUAUCCAAAAUUGCUUUUUUCCUGUAAAAGAUGUUGCUCCAAUACAUCCUUACAUGCUCCAUACUUGUUUCCACUUUAAUUUUUUUUUUGUCACGCAAUGCUCGUUGGAUGUUGCGCGAGGACACGGUCACGAGCAUCAGCAGAAACAACUGGUUUGACUGAUUAGCCAUAGCUUGAAUUUUUGGGUGAAUUUUGGUACUGAUCACUCAAAUCAAAGAACAGUGAAACAACAGCAACAUCAAAACAGUAAAAGGGAAGAAAGAAAGAAACAGUUCUUAAAAAGAACAAAGACGAUGAGGUUGCCUUCCACAUCUCGUAAAAAUUAGAUCAAAUCUUGUCUGUAAAACCUUGUUUCCGUUAUUGUCAGGAAUUUUUGAUGAAGAUUACAUGAAGCCAAUCUUUUCUGCCAAGUUUCUGGCCGGUUUGAAACCCAGCCAUUUAGAAGAGUGGGAAAAAGAGAAUCAGAAGACUGUCAACGUCUCCAUCCGGGGACACGCCUUGAAAUAUAUUAGUAAAUCUAUCCUAGAUGUGAUCAAGUAAGGCUCUCCUAAUUCGUAAAAAUGAAAUAGUCAUGUCCUCGAGUAAAGCUUUAAUAAUCACAUACGAUAAAGCUAUUGUGCUGUGAAUUCUCCUUUAGUUAACCUCAAACUAUAGUGUCAGCGGUGAGAAACAACAGCUGGUUCAUACUGAAAGAUGAAAAGCAUUCGAUUGAGUAAAGCUUCGUUACCAUAUGAAGUAAAAAAAAUCAGUACUUAUGUAAUUAUAUUGUUAAUGGACUUGCGAGUAGAAUUUUAAGGACCAUUUGAGUCAGCAAUCUGCGUUAGACCUUAUUUUGUAUUACAAUUAUACGCACCAGAUUUCUAGAAACAGAGAACCUUCAGCACUGUGUUCCAAGUUCUAUUUCAAGUGGCCUUGCGAAGCUUCCGCUCUCACAUGUGUACGAAAAUGGAAGUAAAACAGCGGAGAACACAACGAAACAGCUGCCAACCGGAGAAAAACUGGACGGGAAAAAAGCUUACGAAUCAAUAUUACCAUAUUUCACUACGAUCUCCAAAACACCCGACCAGGUUCACGAGCUUGGAAACGAGAUGGUUAAGAAACUUUACCCUGAGGUAGGGUCACGUUUUGGUAUUCCUUAAAUCUUGUGAUGCAGCAUAAGCUUCAUCACUAUGAAGAUAAGGUUUUUAGUAUUUAGUUAGUAUGUUUACUUCUUUUUCUCCCUACUAUCGACUCGGUAACUCGCUGUUAGCUUUACCAAAAUUGAAAAAUUUCUAAUAAUUAAUUUUUUGGCAACAAACGUAGAAAUUCUGGCGCGCUGAUUGGUCGAAAACCAUCGUCAAUAAAGUUUAAACUGAAUCGACCAUAAAAACGACGUGACAUGUAACGCACCGCUCAUCAACAACUACCGCUAUGUAGGAGGAAAAGAUUUUUCUUUUCUCUCCUAAGAGCAACUGCAGAUUUCUGAAAUAUGGACAGUGGUUAAUUCCCGAAAUUUGGUAUCGGUAUACUUAAGAAAAUGUGUUAAGAAGAACUUGUCGAGGUGGAUGAAAAAUCUUAAGAAAAAGGAAGCAGGUUCUUGGUUCACAGAGUAGAUAUAGAGUUACCUCGUAAAAACACUUGCCGUUAAGCCGUCGGCUGCGCCUCGUGGUUUUACUUUAAUUUGAAACAUUGUUGACGUCAUUUCUAUGAUCAAUAAGGUUAUAGAGAAUAGAAAACUGUGGUCGAUUUGUUAAAUAAAAGACACUAAAGGCCCCUGACAAAGUAAGGAAUUUUUGUGUAUACUACAUUUUUUAUAGGUUCUUGAAAUCGCUCGCGAUGUGACAAAAGAAGCCGACAACGACACGGCGAAGGAACUCUUUAUAAAGCGACUGAAUAAUUCGGACAUGUAUUUUGCUGAAAAGCCGAUCCCUGCCAAUGAGUCUGAUGAAAACGCGCACAAGCUCUGCAGCUCUGUAGAAGGAGCAAGGAAGUAUUGUCCAGUACGCUGGGAGGCUAUGCAAAACUGGUUUGCAGAGGCUAGGAGGGUAAUUUUUAGUGUAUAUCAUUCUAAAAUGUGCAUGAGCUAGAUGAUAUUCAGUUGAAUUGUUUAGGACUUCUUGCUAACGAAACUCAAACGAGCUAAGAAGUAAUAGCUGACCAAGAAAUUUUUGUAAGACGCCUACCGUUGAAAGAAACUUUUCAUCAACUGAAAAGGGUGUUGGCUUAGGAGGUAUGUACUUUACUUGACUAAAGCGCUACCGGUCGACCUUAUGUGCCUUUAAAGCAGAAAAUUUUGUGGUUUUUAUAAGUAGUGAUUGAGAUUCAGCCAUUACUAUUGUUGUAACACAUGUUCAUUUAUUUUUCGGUCUUUUCCCUUCAUCCGUCAAUGCCAAUUUUCCCUCAAUUUUACUGAGAUUCUCUCUGCAGCUACUAAACUAUUACAGGCGGCAUCCAAGGGAAAAAGGGUUUAUUUUGAGUAUGAAAUGCUAAUAUCAUCAUGACUUCAUUUAUUCCAGGUGAUGAGUAUGCUGGACCCCCAGACAACCGACAUGUUUCAUUUUUCCGGCCUAAAGCAUACCACACCAAACUGUCCUGUAGAUAUGGCGCCAACCUUCAACCCGUCGAAAGGAGCUCAGAGUUACAUGCGAAGUACCAAAGACUGCAGCAGAAACUCGCUAUACAACAUUCCGUUUUUCAUGGAAAGGCCUGGGCCUAAGUAUUCUGAGUGGAGCGUAAAUGCACAUGAAGCGAGACCUGGGCACCACACACAGGUGACGUACAAAUAAAGAAGUUAUUUUCGUGUUAACGCGGUUGAGAUAGACGGAAGAUUUGCGAUGAAAGGUAUUCAGACUAACAAGUGUCCCCCCACUCUCUCUCUCUCUCCGAUAUUUUAUGCAAGCAUUAUACUGAUAGCGUUGGGUCUCAUCAAGGAUAAAUAAUAAUUUAACACGCCUACAGUUUCUCACAGUGAGCCAGAGGCAGUUGCUGAGUUAUCUAAACCUCCUUCAUCGUCUUCCUCUCCAUGUUAGGUUCAAGGACUUGUCGAGCAUUUUCGUGACAGCUGUGGAGGUGUGAUUCUUUGGCUGGACAGCUCCACCUACUACACGGCCUUCACUGAGGGCUGGGCACUUUACGCUGAGAAUCCACUGAUUGCUAAAGAAACAAAUGUAUAUGCCAACGAACCCUUUCAGAAGUAUGGUAUGCUAAAGUGGCAAGUAAGUGAUACGUAAUCCUUCUUGAAACUUCUAUAAUCCAGUGUCCAUCCAGUGUGUGGCGGAGUGUCACAUAACAGUUAAAAGCUAAUACACUACUGGCUAUUGAGUCAGUCACUGAGUAAAUCCACCAGUUAGUGAGUCUUAAGUUAAUCGUUUAAACAAUCAAUCAUUGGUGCAAUUGGCCGGGUUCUUUAAGCCGAUCCGUCAUUACUCAGCCGUUUCGACUCUGAGCCACACGGUCUAGUGUCAGUCAGUCGAUUGGAUAGUUCCAAAUUAGUUUGAUUAGACAUGAAAAUUAUCCAGCUACAUGGAUACUUGCAUUUUUGGAGUCUUUUUUUUUUUGGUCUCUCUCUAUUAAAGAAAUCACAUGAAUUUUAAAUAUUUAUUAUCAUGAGAAUCUGAGAAUCAAACACAACCUAGCAAGUUAUCAAAAAGGUGUUAAAGUAUGCCUUAUCAAUCCAUUAUUGUCGUCUCCUUCUGCUUCAGGUUUGGCGCGCUCUCCGCCUUGUUGUGGACACGGGUUUGCAUUACAAAGGUUUCUCACGAGCUGAAGCCCUAGGCUACUUUGCCAAGUACGCCUGGGACACUAGUGAUACAGCAGAAAAAGAGAUUACUAGGUACCAGAGUGAUCCAGGACAAGCAACUGCCUACAUGAUUGGUCAGCUUAAAAUCAUGGAGCUGCGAGAUUACGCCACCAAAGAACUUGGAGACGAUUUCAACUUGAAAGACUUCCACUUCUAUCUCUUAGCACAAGGAUCUGCUCCACUGAGCUAUCUGGAGGAAGGCAUUCACGAAUAUGUUCGAUGUGCUAAAGAUAAGGACCAAGAAGGAUGUAAGGAUGUACUGAACCCCGUGGCCCCCGAAGGAGAGCAAGUCAAUGAGUUCGUGGGAGUGGUCGGGGAAGAAAGCUUCGAGCCAAUAGAGAGACCCUUCCUAGAAGACUACAUAUAACCCAGCAACAAGCAGUUACAGAAGUACAGCAGUGACGAUGACCAUUUGGAUGAUAAGGAGAGUGAUGAUCAAAACGAAAUUUACAGCAACGAAAAAGAAAAGACUGAAGGCAAUGUUAAUGAUAAGAAUAGGAUAACACUAGGUUAAAAGAAGCAGCAACAAUAUUAACUGAACACAAGAAUUGAAGCAGAUACGGCUGGCGUUUUGUGACUAAGCCUACAACUAUAGAUUAAACUGCGAUGUAUGGUUUUCAGAUUCGUUCGACUACUGCUUGGGCUACAGCACUAGUUUGUAUGAUUUUACCGAAAAUAAAGAGAGUUCACUGCCAUUAUCAUGUUGAGCUAUGCAUGGGUUACUUCCCCAAGCCCCGUCAUCUCGUUUUUUUUCCUCAGGAUGCUACAAUUUGGCUGAGAGAGGAACUCCUGGUGGAGCUCUUUUUUCACGUUAUUUCCAUAUUUUGUUUGCAUCGCGCACUUGACAAAAUUCACACGUGGAAGCUCUUUGCUUAUGGAAAAAUAAGGAAAAACCAAAGGCGGAAGAAAGUCCUUGUUAAAAAAAAAAAAAAAAAAGAAGAAGAAAAAAAUGCCCAAAGAAGAAAGAAAAAGUACCAUUCUGUCAAGAAAAAAAAAAUUCCUUUGUGAAAGCGACUAGUACUAGCGGCGCUCAACGCUGGCCAUUUUGCCGGGUUUUUCCUUUUCCUUCGGCAACUUUCCUUGUUAUUGUGUCGUCCUCAACGCUCCACUUAAAUCUUGAUCCAUCGUCAUAGACGCCAUGAGGUCAAGUUGUCCCAUUGGUUUGCGGUUUCAGGAAGCGAAGUAAUCCCCAGGCAUGUCACGAGUUGUUUGCGAACCUAUAUUAGCUAAAAUCUUGCAUUUGAUUUUAGGAGGAAUACAACCACAUUGAGCGAAUUUAUAGGGUCUACAGAUUUGACUGAUUUCGUCAAAUUUCGCCAAAACAUUAAUAAUGACAAACGAAUGUGUGUCGGGAAAUUUUGAUAUUUGAAAUAUCCCGUGGCGUCCAUUCAAGCAACACGAAUCGCAUAUUUGUGGCUACUCCAGCCUUAGAUGCCGAUAUCUAGACAACCAAUCAGAAAAUCGAAAGAGCUAGAGUCAAUUUUGUUGACUGAUGCCUUGUGAAUAAGACUGCGCAGCCAUUUUGCUCGUGCUGCAGCAUCUGAUACCCGAUAAAUUCAAUAGAAGAACCCGCGGUCGUUUCACGCCUUCCCGGCUCCUGACACUUCCUUUAAAGAAAAGUCCCUUAAAUUAUAUUUUUAUAGUAAACUGCAGUUAUUAAGCUUUCUUCUGAUGUAUAGUUUGCUAGGAUUUUAGUGAAAUAGCGCGCGUACGAAUUUUUUCCCGAAGGACACCUGCGAAGGUGGAAAGUAACUUAAAUUGCCUCCAUUCAUUUGCCUAAGUACCAUAAUUUACGUAAGAUAAAGCUGGGAAUUCCCUCGAUAUCUGAAUUAAUUGGGUAAACAAAACAUACAAAUGAAUAUGAAAGCAUUCUUAAUCCACAAAAUAAAAAAAACAUACCAACUAAAGAGGUCUAUUGACUGUUCCUUGCCUUUACAUUUUCUCGAUCAAAGCGAGCGGCUUAAAAACUUCAUCAGUCAACGUCACUUUGAGAAGAUAGAUUACUCAGCUGUGUUUUUGCACACGUCAGAAGUCGGUUGAUGAACCGUAUCAAGUGUCUGUCACGCAAGAGGUAUCUUUCACUCGAUGUAAACACAAACACAAGAAUCCAUCGUUGUUAACUGGCUGGAAUAUAAUGGCAAAGCUGAAAAGUCGUAAUAAUUUAAAGCUUAUCGCUGGAGUUGUCGCUUUAGCUGGAGUCGUUCUUCUUAUCGUUGGAAUUGUUUUGAUCGCAAAAGCCAAUAAUGAGGAAUGUACACGUACACGUAGCGAAGAACCUGAGACGGGUCGAUGUGGUUAUUCUUCAGAAGCGAAGCGAGCGGGCUUAGAUAAAUUUCUCCAAAAAGUUCAAGACACGUACUUCGAACUUCACCCUCAAGACUUGAUUUUCAAACCCGGUGGUGUAAAAGCAGACGAGUAUUUAGCUGAGUUCAAACCGUACAAUCCAGAACCCGGAAACUUAAAGCGAAUCACGGACACUGCACGACAACUGGUAAAGCAAUUGAAAGAUUUGGGUGUUAACACGCUUUUCUUGAAGCCGCGUGAGAAAAAAGCCCUGGCGCAAGUCAAGCACUACCUCCAAAACAAUUUUGGACAACCCUACGAUUCAAAUUACUACGCUGGCGAUUUCCUUAUGGGGCCCAAUCUUUUUUGUUGGCAACCAAUUUGCAACAUUGGGCACUACGAUAUCCGAAUGGGUCUUGGAAAUUUACACCCGCGAGACCUAACUCAAUUACGUGUGUUUCUUGAUAAGACGAAGUUAGUGGCACACACUUUCUCGACAUACAUCGAAAACUUGCGGAUCGGUGUCAAGGCUGGUAUGGUGCGCUCAAAAGAGGAAUGCAGUGCUGGACUUAAAUCAUUCAAACGAAGGUACUUGCAAGUAUCGCUGCUAGGCGUAAAAGGUAUGUCAUGUUUUUUAACUAAAGAGCAAAGGGCAAACUUAAAAAAAACUGUAAUGUCUUUUUAUGAACCUACGUUCAGAUAUCUUGCACUCACGCUAUGUCGCUUGCACGCAAUAUGUUCUUCGUAACACAUUUGUGCUCCUUCGCGUGGAGAGACUUGAGACGAGUCGCGGAGAGGUUUGCUGGGAGUCUGGCACUUGCACUAAAAAUGAGGCUUGGUUUUAUUCGAUGCAUGACGCUGUCUUUGAACAAAACUUCUCCCCGUUUGAUAUGGUGUCAUGAUUCUUAACACUUUUCUGAUAUUAUAUUGGCUCAUAUAUUGACACAUUUAACUAUCAAGAUGUGAAAAUAUUGGCAUAGCUCCCUCGAAUGCCCUCACUCCUUUCAGACCUCUCGCCGGCUAGUCACAAGGCCUCAAACUUUCUCGCGAGCGAACAAACACGCGUGUCGAAGCGCUAGUAAUUGGGGCCUGAGGUGGGAAAGUGAGAGGGUGUGCAGCGAGCGUAUCGAAAAAACAAAAAGUAGAAGCGUUUUCUGGCUGUAAGGGUGAACAUAAAUUUGAGAGCCAUUGAGAUGUAGAUUUUUUUCCGAGAUUAAUUGCAAUACGUCUGUUUUCUCCAGGGAUUCACCACGAAUACUUCAUGAAGCCAAUAUUUUCUGAACAAUUCGUAUCUGACUUAAAACCAUCCCACUUGGACGAGUGGAAAAAGGACAAUGGGAAGACUGUAAACGAGUCCAUUCGGGAAUACGCCGAAGAAUAUAUUGGUAGACCCAUCCAUGAUGUAAUCAGGUUGGUUUAUUUUGUUUUUGCCUUUUUGAUUUUCUGCAUCUGUUUUGCCUCUUUGGUAUACUGGUAUUGCGGCCGACAAUCCUUACUCCACCCCACCGACCCCACUAGGGGGAGAUGUGAUAUAAGGUGUUGAUUAUGAAAGGGGAAGGACCUUACAAGGCGUUACACCAUCAAAUAUGAGGGGAACUAGCUACGUAUUGCACCACGCUAAGAGAAGGGCACUAAGACUCUCGAACUGUCUUUUUCUUCUUUAUUAAAUUACUCGGUUCUCAAUCUCUUAGACUCUCACACUUUGAUUCUCUCUGCCGAGAGAAUCAGACUUGUGCUGCUAAACACUCUCUUCAACUACGGAGUUCCCCCUCUACACUUCUCCACGCACUUCAUAACAAAAGGAACAGUUCCACCAACGAAGUUUGUUCCAGACAAAUAACAGCUUCAAGGAUUAAAAACAAGAACUAAUUAUUUGUCUAAACAAUUAUGUUUCGCGCUCCACUCAAACCACCAUAACUUUUGAAAACGCUUUGGGAAGAGUGUGGCUCUUUUUUGAAGGCCAUGUAAUAAUCAGACAAUGAAGGCCUUUUCAGAGAUAAAGUAGUCAUAGAGAUUUAAUACACUCUAUCCGUUCAAACCAAGAUUCCUAGAAACAGAGAACCUCAUGCACUGUGUGCCGAGCUCCAUCUCCAGCGGUCUGGCAGAGCUUCCACUCUCAUCUGUGUACGUAAAUGGGAGUCGAACAGCGGUGAGCACAACCAAACAGCUGCCAACCGGGGAAACGUUGGACGGCAAGAAAGCUUACGAAUCGAUCCUACCUUAUUUCACGACAACAAGCUUGUCACCGGACGAAAUUCACCGACUUGGGAACGAAAUGUUAGCGAAACUGUAUCCAGAGGUAGCCCAUUCUCAAUCAUCUUUUCCUUUUCGAAAUUAAGAUAACCUUUGACCAUCUGUCAUCCAUAUUUACACAAUUAUACCGAUAUUGAAGAGGAAUUGGUAGGAAAUGCACAGUAUUUAUCGACUUAUUCCAGCACUUACUUGAACAUUAACAUUCUUGUUGAUGGAUUGUUCCUUGAGGAAAUUGCCGCAGAAAUUUGGAGUUGAAGCUGAAUGAAAUCAUCAGUUAAUAAAGCUUGUUGUAUUGGGCAUUGUGUAUGUCAUUGAAGGUGAGGCACGCUUUCUUCGAACUAUGGUUUGCUUUUUCCCAACAAUGUGACACGUAUAAAGAAAAAUCCUUUGAAAGUUGGACUAGAUAGGCUGGUUAGCUAGGUUGUAAGAUGUUGUCGCUUGUAGGUAAUAAAUACGCGAAAAUAAAAUACUUCUCAUAGGUUCUUGAAAUCGCACGCAGUGUGACGAACCAGGCCAAUAAUGACACUGCAAAGGACCUCUUCAUCAAGCGCCUGAAUGAAUCAGACAUGUACUUCACAGACAAACCAAUCCCUGCCAACGAAUCAGACGAAAAUGCGUUUAACCUCUGCAGCUCUGAGGAAGGAGCGAAGAAGUAUUGUCCAAAACGCUGGGAAGCCAUGCAGAAGUGGAUUGCGGAAGCUAGGAAGGUAUGUGGCGAUAGUAAUGCAUCUGUGAUGUGAUAUAAACUGGUUGGCUAAACCAUUUUAAGCCACCUUAUGGUCCUUCUUUUCACUUGAGUUCCAUUUACAUUGUCAUGAUCUUGGGGAAAGAAUUAUUCAACCUACUUUGAUUUUAUGUACUCCUUUUCCCAUUUUUUCCUGCUCCAAAUUUUCUCGUGUACCACCUCGUUUAAAUUGUGUUCAGCGUCCCCUUUCUCCUCCUUUCCACCUCACAUCUCCCCCUCUUCCAUUUCCUCAAACUCUUCCUCCCACUCGUCACCCUUUUCACUCUCCCAUAACUCCUCGUCUCUCCUUUUCCUCCUUUUUCUCCUCUUCGUUUUCUUCUUUUCUCACCCCCUCCUCCCUCCCUUCAAUCUCCCUUUCCUUUUCCACACCUCUCAUCUUCUUUCACCUUCUUCAUUUUCCAAAAUGUUGCCCAUUCCACGUGAAACUGAUCAAACUGAUCAAUCGCUUUGUUUUCUUCUUUUCUUCCAGGUGAUGGGUAUGUUGGAUCCUCAGACAAUAGACAUGUUUUAUUUUUCCGGCUCUAAAUACACCACACCAAACUGUCCAGUGGACAUGGCGCCAAACUUCAACCCGUCAAGCGGGGCACAGAGUUACUCGCGAAGUACAAAAGACUGUAUCAGGAAUUCUCGUUACAGAAUUCCGUUUUUUCUCGAUAGGCCUGGACCCUUGUAUGAGGAAUGGACCGUCAACGCGCAUGAAGCGAGACCUGGACAUCACACUCAGGUAGCAGACGUAGAGUAUUCCAAUUUAGGUUCCAUAAAGAUACACAUGACUCAGAUGGGUUUGACUUGGGCUAUGUGAAAGUUAAAAUGUUGUGUUCCGUGUCUUGUUUAAAGGUACAUGCUUAAGGCUUAAGGUUAAAAGUUUCAAUACCACUCAGGUUUAGACAUUUCCUCAGCCAAUUCUAAGAGGGUCACAGGUAUAAACUACACAGGUAAAAAACUGAAGCCAACUAGCCCCAUAGCAGCUAACAGUAAUAUAUGUUUCCUUCUUUACUCAGGUCCAAGGCUUAAUCGAGCAUUUCCAAGACAGCUGUAGAGGUGUGAUUAGUUGGCUAGACACUAAUACCAGGUACACUGCCUUUUCAGAGGGUUGGGCAUUAUAUGCUGAGAACCCACUGAUUGCUCGCGACACAAACGUCUAUGAAAAGGAACCUCUUCAGAAAUACGGAAUGCUCAAAUGGCAGGUAUGUGCGGGAAAAAAAUUUGAACUGUCGAUAUUUGUUAUUGCUGUUGUUUUUGGUUUUGUUUUCGUUUCUGUUUUCUGGUUGUUUUCUUCACUUACCCUUUGAUUUUUCUGUUCUUUCGUUCACUCGCCAGUUAAUUUUGCUAGGAGUCUGUUUGUUUGUUUUUAUUGUGAUUAUUAAUUGGGAAUGACGGGAGAGACGAAUUUGUUAGUUCAAUUACGAAAAGAGACAUAAUUUUUAUUGUUGCUACAUCGUCCUCAUUGCCAGUACCGUAUUAAGUGGUCACCCCGUAUCAAGCGGUCCGCAAGAGAAUAUCAUAUUUUCUUAAUGGUCCAUUUAUCACGAUCCCAAAUUUGCUUCCCCUUGAUUUUUUACCUCUAUUGAGCGGUCACCUCUCUUAAGCGGUCGUGGUCACCUUUGACUGAGUCCUAACGGCCUGUUUGUAUUGUCCUCCACCUGUAUUGAACGGUCUGUUACGGCGGAACCACUCCAAUAACUGACUAAGAAUAUUCUUUCAAGUGAAAUUUAAUCGAAACGUUUCCCUCACGGAAUCGAUGUUAAUAGUAUUCUUGAGCGAGUGUUUGUUCAUUUAGUGGUCAAAUAUGGCAUAAAAUGGCAUUUUUUUUAUUGUUUUUAAUAUUGCCCCUCCUCUGUAGAACCUGUGUUGAGCGGUCAACCUGUAUCAAGCGGUCACCCACCAUUUCCCGUUGGUAAUUUAACCCCUAAGGGUGAUUAGCAUGUAAUUUCUUCAUACAAAAUUACCCCUGAAUCACACAUUAAGGUCAUGAGGAUAGAGAAAUGACCACCAGCCAAAGAGGCUCUUGAUUGUGAAACAAAUUCUCCUUGUCAGAACCUUGUGAAAUGUUUAGAGAACAGUAUGGAGAAUAGGCAAACUGAUAAUAGGGUGGAAAGGGUUAUUGCAGGUUUGACUGUAUUACAUUGUUUCAGGUUUGGCGCGCUCUUCGCCUCAUUGUAGACACAGGAUUGCAUUACAAAGGUUUCUCAAGAGCUCAGGCGCUUCGUUACUUCGCCGACUACGCGUGGGAUACGAGUGACAUAGCUCAGAAAGAAGUCACAAGAUAUCAGAGCGAUCCUGGACAAGCAACUGCGUACAUGAUUGGUCAGCUUAAAAUUCUGGAGCUGCGAAAAUACGCCACUAAGGAACUCGGUGACGAUUUCAACCUUAAAGACUUUCACUUCUAUCUCUUAGCGCAAGGAUCUGCUCCAAUCAGCUUUCUGGAGGACAGUAUUCAUGAGUAUGUUCGAUGUGCAAAGGAAAAGGAACAAGAAGGUUGCGAUGCUGUUCUAAACCCUGUUGUUCCGGAGGAAGAGCAAGUCACUGAAUUUCUCGGGGUGAUUGGGCAAGAAAGCUUCGAGCCCAUAGAAAAACCCCCACGAGAGGAUUACAUAUAAACUUCCUUUCUAUCCAUAGUCGAUAAUAACGAUAAUAAUUCUGCUGUGAAAAAGAUGACAAUGACUAUGGCGUGCGUGGGCGGUGACAUUGUAACAGAGACUGUUAGCUUCUGGAUGCAUUGUAUAGGCCUCGAUCGGAAGGAACGACAACUUAGUAAUAGUUGUCCAUUUGCGUGGACUAGAUUAUUACCCGGAGCUCAAAUUUUGAACCUGAUCUUUUCAUGUUAGUUUACCAUGGUUACGACUUCGCCCCAAUAUAACGUGAAUAUUUGCAUGUGUCAUUCCCUCAUAUAUUUUUUUCCUUUUUCACCUUAUGUUUGAUGCAAUAUUUAUGCUAUAUUCGCUUUGCCCAGGAUAAAUAUAUUGUAACUCCCUCAUUAGGUGAAUUUUUUGCCACCAUAAUAUCCUUGAUAGCGAUUUGAAUCUCUGAAAAAAAAAAUUAUUGGCCAUGCAUAAAAGAUGCUGUAAUUUUUUGGUCAUCGUUAACAGCUUGAAAUUUAUGAAAUGAUAAAUGCAAACAAUUGUUUUUCUCACAAUAUCUUACGGGUCCGUUUAUCGUUGAUGGCAACUUUUUGACUCCUAUUCUGUAAAUUUUAAUCACAG